CUUAUGUGGUUUCCUAUUAUGCCAUGCAUCGUAAAGCUGGAUGAGUUCAAUGGAAUCAUAUGUUCGUAUUGUCAACACAUGGUUAUUUUGAGCUGUUGAUCUGAACUGCAAGACUUCCCCCACCCUGGGUGAAAACGAGUGGACUACAGGAGCGACGCCAUGUUUAAGGCUGUUCUGAAGAAGAAUAGAGAUGGAGGGAGGGGAAGUAAAAAAGAGACUGCUGGUGAACCCCAGCUGGUGAGUGCCCAGCGGAGGGGCCCGAAUGGGGCUCCAGAGGCAAGCGGCACCCACCUGUACGGCCCUGAGAACCUCCUCAGACACAGUCUCAACAAAGGCGUGUCUAUGUCUCUCCCCUCUUCUCCUCUUCUCCCCCGCCAGACCUACAUGGUUCCUUCACGCUCCUGUAAGAAGUCUCCAGGACCAAUCAGAAAGCCUAAGUAUGUAGAGAGUCCUCGUGUUCCUGGAGACGCUCUCCUCUCUGCUCUGAGAAGCGUGGAAGACAAGGAGCCCUCCCGCAAUGACCUGCGUGCCCAGAGAGAGCCUGGCCCCUCCCCCGCAACUCAGGAGCUGAUGACCAGACUGGGAUUCUUACUGGGAGAAGGUGUCCCCGGCUCUGCACGCGUACCUAUGGACGACAAGAAUGAGAGGAAGUGUUCAGUGACUGGUCAGGGAAUCAGUCCGUGCUCCACUCUCACCAGUAGUACGGCCUCUCCGUGUACAGACAGCCCCUGCUCCACCCUCAACAGCAGCUCCAGCCGCCCCCCCGUCAGAUACAACAGCCCCUCCAACACCAUCGUCAGCCCCAGCUCCACGCUCGAAAGCAAAGACAGCGGGAUUAUAGCCACCAUCACCAGUUCGUCAGAAAAUGACGACCGUAGCGGCUCCAGUCUGGAGUGGAGUAAAGAUGCCAGCGUGAGGAACAACGGGCACCAUGGCCUGGCACAGCCUGGCACUCGGACAGACACUUGCUCUCCGGUGGCUGAAGAGGAGCCAGCAUCUGUGUCUGAGAGCUCCAUUAGGGGCCAGCCUCCAACAGCUGCAUCCGCAGCCGCGGCCGCGGUCGCAGCCGCCAGCCCCGAAGGACCUGUUCCAUACCCAAAACAGAACUCCUCAGUCUUAAUGAUGCCGCGACCCAACUCAGUAGCAGCGACAAGUUCCACUAGGCUGGAGGAGCUGAGUUACCUGGAUGAGCAGAGAAACGCUCCCUUACGCACGUCCAUUCGCCUUCCCUGGCACGGCGCCGGAGCACGGGCGGCGUCAGACAAAGCGCGCUUUGCUCCAUAUAAGCCAGUGGACAUCAUGCUGAAGCCCCUCCUCUUUGAGGUUCCCAGCAUCACCACAGACUCUGUGUUCGUGGGCCGUGAUUGGCUGUUCCAGCAGGUGGAAGACCUCCUGAAGGCGGGCGAGUCCGGCGAAGGUCGCGGGGUCAUCAUCGUGGGCAACGUGGGCUUCGGCAAGACGGCCAUCAUUUCCCGCCUGGUGGCGCUCAGUUGCCACGGCGGUCGCAUGCGCCAGAUUGCCUCCAACAGCCCCAGUGCAUCACCCAAAAGUGGGGAUCAGAAUGCGGAGGUGCCCCUCAGUCAGCCGCCCCAGCCCACCCCUCCCCCCAGUGCCGCCAACACCCUCCGCACCAACAGUGGCCCGGGCACGCCCGAGCUCCAGAGACGCCGGGAAGAGGCGGUCAAACGCCUUGCCUCCAAGGUUGUGGCCUACCACUACUGCCAGGCAGAUAACACAUACACGUGUCUGGUGCCGGAAUUUGUGCACAGUGUCGCCGCCCUGCUGUGUAGAGCCCAUCAGCUCGUCGCUUACAGAGAACUGCUGCUGAAAGAGCCGCACCUACAGAGCAUGCUGAGUCUUCGCUCCUGCGUACAGGACCCUAUGGCUGCCUUCAGGAGAGGCGUGCUGGAACCACUCAUCAACCUCCGCAAGGAGCGGAAGAUUCUAGAAGAGGACCACAUCAUUUUGAUCGACGGGUUGAAUGAAGCGGAGUUUCACAAGCCGGACUACGGAGACACCGUCGCCUCCUUCAUCACCAAGAUCAUCUGCAAGUUUCCGGUUUGGCUCAAACUGGUAGUCACAGUGCGGGCCAAUCUCCUGGAGAUAACAAGUCUACUGCCUUUCUCCAAAAUCUCGCUGGAUGAAUUCCCAGACAGUAAGGAGAUCCAUGGUGACCUGAAUGCCUACAUUCAGUACCGUAUCAACGGCAGCAAAGAAAUCAUGAACAACAUCUCCCUGAAUGGCAAAGCCGACCCGCUCAUCAUAGGCAAAGUGAGCAGUCACCUCAUCUCACGCAGUCAAGGUUCCUACCUCUACCUGAAGUUGACCCUUGACCUUUUCGAGAGAGGUCACCUGGUCAUUAAGAGCGCCAGCUACAAGGUGGUGCCCGUGUCUCUGUCCGAGCUGUACCUGCUGCAGUGUAACAUGAAGUUCAUGACCAACUCGGCCUUUGAGCGUUCCCUGCCCAUCCUCAACGUGGCGUUGGCGUCCCUGCACCCGCUGACGGACGAGCAGCUGUACCAGGCCAUCAACGCGGGCAGCGUCCAGGGCGAACUUGCCUGGGAGGACUUCCAGCAGAGGAUGGAGGCUCUGUCAUCGUUCCUGAUCAAACGCAGGGAUAAGACGCGUAUGUUCUGUCACCCGUCCUUCAGGGAGUGGCUGGUGUGGAGGGCAGACGGGGAAUGCUCAGACUUCCUCUGUGACCCCAGGAGUGGCCAUGCUCUCAUGGCUUUCAUGCUGUCGAGACAGGAGGGCAAAUUAAACCGGCAGCAGACCAUGGAGCUGGGCCACCACAUUCUCAAAGCACACAUCUUCAAGGGCCUCAGUAAGAAGACUGGCGUGUCUUCUAGUGUUCUCCAAGCUUUAUGGGUCAACUACAGUACUGACAGCCUCUCUGCAGCUCUGGCGUCCCUGAGAAAUCUCUACACACCCAAUGUCAAGGUGAGUCGUCUCCUGAUGCUCGGCGGGGCCAACGUUAACUACAGGGCGGAGGUGUUAAACAACGCUCCGGUGCUGUGCGUCCAGUCCCACCUGGGCCACCAGGAGAUGGCGGCUCUGCUGCUGGAGUCGGGAGCCGCCGUGGACGUGUUCUCCGAGAACGGCAUGAGCCCGCUGUGCUACGCGGCGGCCGCCGGACACUUCGGCCUGGUCAACCUACUGUGCAAGAAAGGCGCUAAGGUGGAUCAUGUGGAUAAGAGUGGUCAGUGUGCACUGGUCCACGCUGCACUCAGGGGGCACCCAGACAUCAUUAAGUGUCUCCUGGAGCUGGACUGGGACACUGAAGACCAGCAACAGGACAGUGUUCUGAAGAGCAAAGCCCUGCAGCAGGCUCUGAUCGCUGCCGCCAGUAUGGGCCAUACGCAAGUUGUGAGAGGCCUAUUGGCACUGAGUAAUGAGUACACAGUUCAGAUUGAUGGCUAUGACACACUGUGGGGAGAGACAGCUCUGACGGCAGCGGCAGGUCGGGGGAAAAUGGAAGUGUGUGUGUAUCUGUUGGAACAGGGUGCAGUGGUACAGCAGGUGAACAGAAGAGAAGUGUCUCCGUUAUUCUGUGCAGUUAGACAGGGCCACUGGCAGAUUGCAGAUCUUUUGCUGCAGCAUGGUGCUGAUGUGAAUGUGAGUGAUAAACAGGGGCGGACUCUGCUGAUGGUGGCAGCCUGUGAGGGUCAUCUGAGCACUGCUGAUUUCCUGCUGUCAAAGGGUGCCUCCUUGACGUCGAUGGAUAAGGAGGGGUUAACUCCCCUGAGCUGGGCGUGUUUGAAGGGACAUAAGAAUGUUGUGCAGUUUUUAGUGGAGAAGGGUGCAGUCAUAGAUCACACAGACAGGAAUGGACGGACCCCCCUAGACCUGGCUGCCUUCUACGGGGACGCUGAGAUCGUCCAGUAUCUGGUAGAGAGAGGAGCAGUGAUAGAGCAUGUGGAUCACAGUGGGAUGAGACCUCUGGACCGGGCCAUUGGCUGCAGAAACACGUCUGUGGUACUGACUCUACUGAGGAAAGGCGCUAAACUAGGUAACGCGGCCUGGGCCAUGGCCACAUCCAAGCCAGACAUCCUCAUCAUCCUCCUACAGAAGCUGAUGGAGGAGGGGAACCUGCUGUAUAAGAGAGGAAAAAUGAAAGAAGCAGCCCAGAGGUAUCAGUAUGCAUUGAGGAAGUUUCCCAGGGAAGGUUUUGGUGAAGACCUGAAGGCUUUUAAAGAGUUACGAGUUUCACUGUAUCUCAACCUCUCGCGCUGUCGCAGGAAAACCAACGACUUUGGCAUGGCUGAGGAAUUUGCGACAAAGGCGCUUGAGCUGAAACCAAAGUCCUACGAGGCUUACUAUGCCAGAGCCCGGGCGAAAAGGAGCAGCAGGCAGUUCACGGCUGCCCUGGCCGACCUGCACGAGGCCACCAAACUCUGCCCCAACAACCGGGAGAUCCGCCGCCUGCUGGCGCGAGUGGAGGAGGAAUGCAGGCAGAUGCAGCGCACUCAGAGCAAGCAGCAGGUGGCGCCAGGGCUGCCGGGAGCCGGCCACGAUUCGGACCACGAGCGCGAGGAGGGUGAGGACGAGGACGGCGCGGACCACGGCCCGGGCAGGAACCUGGAUGGCCAGAGCGCCCCGGGGCUGAGAGACAUCGAUGAGGAGGAAACGUCUCAGCACGACGAGCAGAGGUCCGAAACCUGGCAGCAGACCAUCUAUUCCAACAGGACCCUGCCGGACCCGUCGGGUCACGCCAGACCCGAGUCUCCCCACCACAGACAAACCAGCCACCCGUACCACCAGCGAGAGCCUGUGGCCCAACACAGCAUGGUUCUACAGCCCACCAAACAAGCCCAGAUCGUCAAAACCAACCAACACAUGAGCUCUUUGCAGGGGGGAGCAUCGCGUUCGACAGGCACUAGGACCCAGCAGCAGUAUGCCCCAUCCAGCCCCCUGCCCAGCAGACACAUGUCCAGUGCCCUGAAAGCAGGGCCAGGCAUUGACAUCAGUCCUCUGCCGCCCCCUACUGACGAUCCAGGCCGCACGUCUGUGGCCACACCAAUGGGCAUGAGUCACCAGAGUGAUGCAGAUGGGCUGCACCACGCACAGGUCUACUCCUCUGGUGUUUCCAAGGCAACAGAGAGACUCUCUGCCCACUCCAUAUCCUCCCUGGACGCACUGACGUUGUCUGCGGCCGCUCCCGGGGGCCCGGGUCAAAUUCAGGGUCAAGGUUACGACCUGAGAAAGGAGCAAGGAUCAGCGUCCGGGUCACAGGCCAGCAGCAUGAGAGUGUCCAGCUCCACCAGCAGCCUGGCGUCCAGCGGCAGCCUGUCGGACAGCGGCAAACUGCACGGCCCGGACGUCCGCACCAAGACCAGCGUCGAGAAGCCCAAACCGGGACCCAGCCAGACCGGGACGGCCGAGUACAAACCGAGACCUUUUAUGGGGAUCAUGGACAAGACGGCACGUUUUCAGCAACAGCAGCAGCAACAGCAGCAGUGCCACCAGGCGCCAUCUCGAAGUUGGCACAGUCACUCCACCGAUGGCAUGCCAGCCGUAAACUGUGAGCUAUCAUACAUCAAACCAGGGAGCACUUACCACGAGCAAAUCAAACCCCCAUCUCAGGGCACCAUGGGCAGCCUUCACAAUGGCAUGUAUACCAAGGAGCUGGCCGACCGGUUCUCCCAGGCCGCCGGAUGCUACAAGGAGCCCAAGGUGGCGGUGGGCCUGGGAAUGACUCAUUCUUACACAGACAGUAAACCCAAACCACCCAGUUUAGCUCGCGAGAAUCCACCCAAACAUGUAGCUUCAAUGAAACCAAAGCGAUCCUUCAUCGAGUCUAAUGUAUAGGCAUUCAUCUACCAUCUCAUAACUCAUAACACACACACACACACACACACAUACACACUGUGCCACCAGAAUAAUCAAAGGAUUGUUUUUAGAGAGGUUUUUACAAGCUGUUUUCAUUAUUUUUGUUUGUAGGAACUAAGCCCAGUACUUGGUUGGUUGUUCCUGUGUGAGUCUGGAGUAUGGACUUUGCUGUGCUGAUUUGAUUGGAUGAGGUAAAGGGGCGUAAACCUUUGGGACAGAGUGACAUGCUACUGGGCUUCAGCUAAGAUGGAGCAGUUGCACUGAGACAGGACAAAAACAGCCACAGCACUUUAGUCAUUAUGAAUACAACACAGCUACCCAAGCGCUCACAACACACACACACGCACGCACACGCAGACUGACAGACCCAGGUUUGACCUGUGUUGACUACACAUAGCGGUGCUGAUGAAAAAGAGAGAGGCAAAAGAAGGAGAGAUAGUGAUGACGGAAAGGGUCAUUAAUGAUGGGCAUUCCUCUGUGCUGAGUUGGAUUUUAAUCCUGAACUUUUGUACAUAUUGAUAAAGUCUGUAUUUUUUUUCCCUCUUCCCUUCUUUGAAGUGAAGGUCUAUGUCAGAUUAUUAAAAUGGUUUAAAAUGUUUAUUUUGAGUUUUUUUUGUUUUUGUUUUUGUUUUGUUUUUUUCAUUUCUGCAUAGUUUUGGUUCAGAUGUUCAAGGUUCUGAAGUGUAAUUUGUAUGCUUG